AGUCGCAGCAUGUGCAAAGGUUCUGGCGAUGGGACUGUGGCACUCUGGAGGAAGAGAAGGCCAGUGUAGCUGGAAGGGAAGGGAGGCACAAGUGGCUCCCAGAGAGGUCAGCAGUGCCUGGGCAUUUGGUAGGUCUUGAAAGGGAUUCUGGUGCUGGCCUCAGAGCAAUGGGCAGUCAUGGAGGGAUUUUAAGCUGUAUGUUUUAAAAAGCCCCCUCUGGCUACUGAGAGUCUCUGACCCCAGACAGGGGUAAGAGUGGAGACCCAGAGUGCCAUCGGGAAGCAACUGCCGUAGUCCAAGCAAGAGAUGAUGGUGGCCUGGACAGGGAUGGUGGCAGUGGCAUGGAGAGAAGGGAUGAGUUAAAGGUAGAUCGUAGAGGUGGAAUCAACAGGACCUGUGGACAGACCAGGUCCUGAUGCGGAAGAGAGUGCGGGUUGGAUGGGCAGUUUUCCAGCCGGAGCAGCUGGGUGGGAGAAAGGGCCGUUUUCCUGAGCGGGGCAGCCUGGGAGAGGAGCAUAUUUUGUAGGGACAGAUACAGGAGAGAUCUGUUUAGAAAAGCCAGGAAGGCAGUUGGAUGGAAAGGUGUGGUGCCCAGAGGAGGGUCCUGUAGAGAUGGUUCUGAGCUCUUGGGACAGUUUGAGAUAGGGAAGAAGAGGAUGAGAUGACAUCAGAGGAGUGGCUGACGGGAGCAAGGAAAACCAGGGGCUGUGGUGUCCUGGAAGGCAAGAGAAAAGUGUGUUUCAGGGGGGUGUGAUGAGCAGUACCAACUGCCACUCAGAGUCCAGGGGAAGAGGACCAGCAAGGUUCACCCACUUCUGGCAACAUGGAGUGCUUCUCCUUACACUGAAUGGGCUGCCCGUGGAAUUCUACUCAUCUGCCCUUACUCUACCUACCUACUAAGCGCCAGGUUCCACACAGGGCGCUGGGUGUAAUAUCAGGUGGGCAAGACAGUCACUGCUUUCUCAGAGUUUAGAAUCAGCUAAACCAACAGCCUCAGAAACAGGAAGUUGUUGGGACUUCCCUGGUGGUCCAGUGGUUGGGACUUCGCCUUCCAGUUCCGGGGGUGCAGGUUCAAUCCCUGGUCAGGGGAGCUGGGAUCCCGCAUGCCUCCUGGCCAAAAAACCGAAACAGAAGCAAUAUUGUAACAAGUUCAGUGAAGACUUUGAAAAUAGUCCACAUCAAAAAAAAUCUUUAAAAAAAAAAAGAAGCAAGAAGUUGUUUCAUAUAGCCAAAAUAAUCCUUUCGUUCUUUUAAACAACCAGCUUUUGCUGAGAGCCAUCUGCGUGCCCAGUCCUGUACAGGGACGUAGAGGUACAAAAAUGAACAGAUGUGAUCUUGACCUUCCAGGAACCAAGUACAGAGAUACAUAGAGCAUCCCUGCGUUCACCAUAUUGUGUUACAAAGACUCAUCCACGGGGAAUUAUGGGAGAAUAGAGGACAGGUACCAGCCCAGGUUCGGGGCGGGGGGAAUUAGGGUGGCAGAGGGGAUGCCUGAGCUGCUCUCCAGGUAUGAAUGGGAAAUAGCCAGGGAAAGAGGAGGGAUAGGGAGUUCCAGGCACAGGGGAUGGAGGCAGGAGCAGAAAAUAACAGUAACGUGUGUGGGACGUGGGAAGCCUUUGGAGCUGGCUGAGCAGACAGGAGUGGGAAGGCUCUGGAGGUGUCCAGAGGCUGGGGGGGGGUCUCGCUGGCUCACGGUGAGGUAUGUAGACUUAGGCAAUGGACACCACCAGAGAGGCGGAAGCAGGGCAGUGACACAGUGGGAUCUGUGUGUGGCCUUGCUCUCUGGCCGUUACGUGAGGUAUGAAUGUGGUGGAACAAAGGCAGAGGCGGAAGCCGCUGUGUAAUCCAGGUGAGACGGUGCAGGCCAGGGUCUCAGCAUGGCCUGUGGAGUCAGGGGGACUUGGGUUCUAAUUCCACCUCAGCCACUUACUGCUUGGCGAACCUCGGGCAAGUCACUUAAAGCUCCCGAGCUUCAGUUUCCUCCUGUCCAAAGUGAGGAUGAUAGCAUCCUCAGAGAGUAGUUGCAAGAGUAAUCUUGGUCUCCUGAUGGGGUCACCCCAGUCCUUAGCACAGGGCCUGAGUCAGUUCGCACUCGGUAAAUGGUAGUUCAGUAACCGUGGAGGGGAGGGGCAGGUGUGAGAGAUAAUGAGGAAGCAGAGGUGGCAGGUCUUGGCCAUCAGCUGGACUCCUCAUCCUCGCCUCGCGCCUGGCGUGGUGGUAGAGGGAGGGAGGUAGAGGCAACCAGCUGGCUGCCUUUAGUCUGGAACCCAGCCCCCGCUUCUGGGCUACCCUUCCCAGAACCACACAGCUGGUGUGUGUGUGAGCGUGCCCACGCGUGUGUUUAGGGAAGGGAGCUCCAGAGGAAACAAAUCCCAUUCCUCAGUCCUGUGGCUCUGGGAGCUCAGCUUCGUGCUAACUUCCUUCUGUUGACACAAAUGACUGUGGCCUGAUGGUACCAGUUAUCCUUCGGGCGAGGAGCCAGGAUUCAGCCCUGAGUUAUUCGUGAGCCCUGAGAACCAGCGCUGUCUCGAGAUUAUACAGUGUGUUUGCAUUGAUGGUGCUGGUCUUUCCAGCUCUGAGUUCUGACAUGCCUUGUCCUGGAUACACGGAGACCCUUAGAGGGGGCUGCAGACCCCGUACCUCUACCCACUUUGGAUAACGCUUUAUGGCCCACUCCCAGUAGCCCUUCCCCAUUGGGUCCAGUCCACCCCUCGCCCGGGGAGUCCUCUGUGGGCAGUGUGAACCCCCAGUGGACGCCUAACACCUCUCCCUUGUCUCUUUCACCUCCAGUCUCCCACCAGCGGAGUGGAAAUAAACUUUCCGGGCUAAGUUAGAUGGAUGGUCCCCAUUAGCCUGGCGGGCUGCCCCCCUCCUGCCUCCCCACCGACUCCCCUUGUCAAAGGAGGUGCUUCGGUGUGCGGGGCAGGCUGGGGGGACAAGAGCAUCUGGGUGGGGGUUGGAGGUGCCCUGCCCCUCGAGCAGGAAUGGUGCCCCCGGGGAAGAAACCAGCCGGAGAGGCUUCCAACUCCAAUAAGAAGUGCAAGCGUUACUUCAACGAGCACUGGAAAGAGGAGUUCACCUGGCUGGACUUCGACUACGAGCGGAAGUUGAUGUUUUGCCUAGAGUGCCGCCAGGCCCUGGUGCGGAACAAGCACGGCAAAGCGGAGAACGCCUUCACUGUGGGCACCGACAACUUCCAGCGCCAUGCCCUGCUGCGCCACGUGACCUCGGGGGCCCACCGCCAGGCUCUGGCCGUCAACCGGGGCCGGCCCACUUUUGAGGGCCAGGCUGAGGGUGGAGGGACCUGUCCGGGCCUGGCGACCACCCCCAGCUUCAGGAGUGUCAAGGUGGAAGCGAACCCGGCCAAGGUGGCCGUGCUGACCACAGUGUACUGCAUGGCCAAGGAGGACGUGCCUGACGACCGCUGCUCUGCCCUGCUCGAGCUACAGAGGUUCAACCUGUGCCAGGCGCUGCUGGGCAUGGAGCACGGCGAUUACUACAGUCCUAGGAGGGUGAGGGACAUGCAGGUGGCCAUUGCCAGUGUCUUGCACACAGAGGCCUGCCAACGCCUGAAGGCAUCCCCGUAUGUGGGCCUGGUGUUGGACGAGACCAGGGACUGGCCUGAGUCCCACAAUCUGGCCUUGUUUGCCACUUCGGUGUCCCCCUGCGAUGGCCAGCCUGCCACCACCUUCCUGGGCAGUGUGGAGCUACAGGAAGGCGAGGCCACUGCUGGCCAACUCCUGGACAUUCUGCAGGCUUUCGGCGUGUCUGCAUCCAAGCUGGCCUGGCUCAGCUCAAGCCUCCCCAGUGACCGCCUGGGGAGCGUGGGCCCGCAGCUCCAGGCUGCCUGCCCACUGCUCAUGGAGCUGCACUGCCUCCCCGGCCGGACAGAUCCCAAGCCCCCUGCCUACCUAGGUGAAUAUGAAAGUGUGCUGGAUGCCCUAUUCCGCCUCCAUGGUGGCCCCAGUUCCCACGUGGUCCCUGAGCUCCGGGCGGCACUGGACCUUGCAGCUAUUGACUUGGCAGGACCACGGCCAGUGCCCUGGGCCUCCCUGCUGCCUGUGGUGGAAGCAGUGGCUGAGGCUUGGCCUUGCCUGGUGCCCACGCUGGAGGCCUCUGCCCCAGCCUCACCUACAACCAGGGCACUGGUCCUCGCCCUGCGCCAGUUCACCUUUGUGGCCUUCACCCACCUCCUGCUGGAUGCUCUGCCGUCCGUGCAGAAGCUCGCCCUUGUCCUGCAGCCAGAAGAGCCGGACUUGGCCUUGCUGCAACCGCUGGUGACGGCAGCUGCAGCCUCCCUCCAAGCGCAGCGCAGCUCAGCAGGCCCGGCCUCCAGCACCCCCAGCCCCCUGCUGGCCUCCCUGCCCCUGCCCGCCAGGCCUCUGCAGCCCCCGCUGGACUUCAAGCACUUGCUCGCCUUCCACUUCAAUGGUGCCACCCCGCUCAGUCUCUUCCCCAACUUCAGCACGAUGGACCCGGUCCAGAAGGCCGUCAUCAGUCACACGUUUGGGGUUCCCUCCCCUCUGAAGAAGAAGCUUUUCAUUUCCUGUAACAUCUGUCACCUGAGGUUCAACUCAGCGAACCAGGCCGAAGCACACUACAAAGGCCACAAACACGCCAGAAAACUCAAGGCUGUCGAGGCCACCAAGAGCAAGCAGAGGCCGCAAACCCUGGCCCAGGAUGGGACGCUGGUGUCCCCAUCCCCGACUCCAGCCAGUGGAGCCCCUGAAGAGCCACAGAGCAAAGUUCCUGCAGCCCCUCCUCCUGGUCCCAAAGUCCAGCCACCCCUGAGUCCGGAACCCACGCCCAGGGAGCCGGCCCACUCAGACGUCUUGGAUGCUGCCUCCUCUUCCUCCUCUUCCUCUUGCCCACCCUGCUCCCCAGAGCCUGGGAGAGAGGCGCCAGGGCCUGAACCGGCGGCGGCUGCUGUGGAAAGUGGUGUGAGUGGGGAAGGCAGGAGCGAGAAGGGGCGCCUCUACUGCCCCACGUGUAAGGUGACCGUAAACUCCGCCUCCCAGCUUCAGGCUCACAACACAGGAGCCAAGCACCGGUGGAUGGUGGAAGGUCAGCGGGGCGCUCCCCGCAGGGGCAGGGGCCACGCAGUGCCCCGGGGAGGAGCUGGACACAAGGCCAAGAGAGUGACGGGGGUCCGCGGGGGCCGGCAGGGGCCCAGGCCCCCUUUCCACUGUGCUCUCUGUCAGCUCCAGGUCAAUUCAGAGACCCAACUCAAGCAGCACCUGAGCAGCAGGAGGCACAAAGACCGCCUGGCCGGGAAGCCCCCCAAGCCCUCCAGCCAGCACAGCAGGCUGCAGAAGCACGCAGCGCUGGCUGUGAGUAUCCUCAAGUCUAAACUGGCCUUGCAGAAGCAACUCACCAAGACGCUGGCAGCCCGCUUCCUGCCCAGCCCGAUCCCCACCGCGGCGGCAACCAUCUGUGCCCUCCCAGGGCCCCUGGCCCUCCGGCCUGCGCCUACGGCAGCCACCACCCUCUUCCCGCCUCCGAUCCUGGGCCCAGCUCUGUUUCGCACCCCAGCAGGAGCCGUUCGCCCUGCCACGGGACCCAUCGUCUUUGCCCCCUAUUAGCCCUCCUGGGGAGCCCGGGGCUGAUUUCCCAGCAGUUGCCCUCCCCCUCCUCCUCUCCCCAAGAUGCCUCGGUUCCCUGCGUCCCACAGGAGACUGCCUUUUACAGCCUAGGGGUUCCUGCCCAAUCUAGGAAGAGCUGGGCUAAUGCUAAGAGCCCUUCAUUCAAUCUGCACUGGGGAUUCAACUAAUGCCCCCACCCCCCCGGCCCGAGGACCAUCCCUCUGCACCCUCCCCUCCCCAGGCCUCUAGGGCUAGCCCUGGGCUCCCCUCCAUUUCCCAUCCUGAUUUAUGGGGAACAAACUGGAAAAUCCAAAGAUCUAUGCAAAAUCCUAGCCCCAGCCCUGUGGUGCUCAUUCUCCCACUCAAGACCUAUAUAUACCCAUGUGGCCGAGGUCCGAGGAAUCUUACCUUUUCCUAGCCCGACCUCUAUACCCAUGCCCUGGGGGCAGGGAGGGGAGGCCCUCCCCAUUCACUGGAUUCUCUAGAGAAUCACUGGUGUUGAGGGGGCCGUCUCAAGGGAGAAGCUAAGGGGACAGUCACAGCCAUCCCAACCACAGGGUCUCAAGAUGGAGUGGGUUCAAGGUUACCUGGACGAGCUGACCAUUGGGGAUGUGGUGGAAGACUGUGGAGGAAGGGAGCAGUGCUAAGUGGGGCAAAGCCAAGGGGUGGCUGGAACUGCAAGCCUCUGGGGCUUUCCAUCCGCUCUGACAGGAUGGGCUACGACGGGGAGGCCAGGGUAAUGUGCUGGCCGGGCCCAGUUUUUAACAGAGGAAGUGCUCAGUCCCACACACGUCUCCUCUCUUAGCCUUUCAUCGAUUCCUCCUGAAUCCCAGCUCUCGGGGCGGGGUGGGGGGAAUGGGGGGGGUGACACUGGGUCUCCCUCAGACUAUGGGUCCAGCUAACACCGAAUCCCCCCAGGGCUCCCAAACCAAGAGCUUUCCCUUCCAGCUCUCACCCCAAACUGGCCCCUAGCGCUCAAUUCAGCUUUCCCUUCCCCCACGAGCACCCCAAGGCCCCCUCACUGUGACUCACCUGAGUAUUGGGAUCCACUUGGAGCCACUCUCAAGACCCGUUUUCAUGCUGUCAAAAUUAAUGUCAUAACCUCCAUCCCACCCCAGCAGCACUGCCACCCUCACCCCACAAUAUGGGACUUUGCCAGUAUCCACCUGUAUCUUUUUUAAAGCUGUUUCCAAUGGGAGAACAAGAAAAAGCGGGGAGGGUGGGAAACUUUUUGAUAACAGUUGUGGUUUUAUUGUGUCCAACGCAUCAAUAAAUCAAUUUAAGCCCAAGCCUGUACACGCCCUA